AUGUCUCAAUCGCAAUCUUCUUCUUGUUGUUGCCAGGGCGUGAGCUGCCGAAGUUGUCAUUCCUCACAUGGUGCUGGUUCAAUGGGGGUAGGGAUAGUUCCAAUUUGCAAUUAUGGUGAGAGGACAGUAGUAAAAAUGGCUAGAACUUCAAAGAAUCCUGGAAAAUAUUUUUGGGGUUGUCGUAACUACAAGAGUGGAGCUGGAAAUGUGACGUGGUGUAACUAUUUCAAGUGGUGCAAUGAAGAAGAAGUUGAUGAAAAGGAUGUUAUCAUUGGUAGGCUAAGGAGCAAGAUUUGUAAUAUGGAGAAGACGGUGAAAGCUUUGAAGAGAAGGAUCCACUUAUUAGUAUCAGUGAUGUGUGUUGUUAUUGUACUGAUCAUAGUGAUGUUGUGUGGGUAA